GAAGAUUAUAGUACUACUUAUGAACAUGAAUCUUGAUGAAGUAUAUUAUACAUCAACACAAAGAAUGUACUUAUAUAAAUAUUUUGUGUGUUGACCAAUAAUACAUAGAUGACCAGAUGAGCGAAGUUUAUGUACUUUUUGUCUCUUUCAUUCAUCUUAUCCUACUCACUUCUCUGUCACUCUCUACAACCUGCACGCGCCACAAAAAGCAGAAGAAGAAGAAGAAAGAAAGAGUGAAAAAGCUGUCGUGAGAACAUUUUUUUGCAGUAUCAUAAGUUGCUUUCAUGCUCAGUGCUGUCGUGAGUAGCACCAGAGGUUUUUGCAGGGUUUGUUUUGGAUUACAUUAUUGUACCUUGUUACCUUAAAGAACUAGUUUUUGGGAUUCUUUUCUGUCAUUAUGGUUUACAUUUCUGGAACAAAAAGAUGGUUUUUUUAGGAGGUUGGUGAGGUAAUGUGAAUUGCAAAGUUUUCAGGGAGUAAAAGGGUUAUCAAAAAAUUGUUUUUUUUUUUUUUUUUUUUUGUUAUGGGGUUUAGGGUUUUUUGGUUUUGUACAAUGUAGAGUGAAAUUCAUUGUUAAGGAAGUUAUUUUUAUCUUUUUGGUUUUUUGGAGAGGUUUUUUGUUUUUGGGGUGUGUUGUUGGAAAGUUUUGUGAAAAUGAGUGAAUCUUCUUCUGUGAAGAAUUUGGCUAUUACGGAUAAGGUUCAAAAACCUGGUGGUUGUGUUGGUAUUUUCUUUCAGCUUAUUGAUUGGAAGAAGAGACUUGUUAAGAAAAAGCUCUUCUCAAAGAAACUUUUGACACCUGGUCGUGCUAAAAAGUUUAGGGGAGAUGAAAAAAUGCCAAAUUCCAAACUUCACUUGAUUGCUAAUGAGAAUAGUGGAGGUUUUCCAAAAGGUGGGAGUCAUGGUGUGGAUGUAGAACGAAAGAGUGAAAUGCGAGUUCCGAGUUUGGUAGCUAGGUUGAUGGGUUUAGAUUCUAUACCAGCUGCUCAGCGAGAGAAAUCGAAGAAAGCUUUGUGUCCUGAUUAUAGUUUUAGUGACGGGGAAGAGUGUUUGAGUAAUCAUUGUGAGUUGGAUAGGAAAGGUAAAGAUUUGGAAAUGAGAGUUGUAAAGCAUGAUUCAAGACCUCAGAAGCUUCAGAAAACUGGAGUGUGUGAGAGAAAGGCCGUGACUAGGUUUGGAGCCGAGGCCCUUCAUAUUAAGAGUGUUUUGUCGCGAGCGAAAAAGCAUAACCACCAGCAUCAUCCAAAGCUUGCUUCUCCUUUGAAGAGUCGUCCUAGAAUUACUUCUGGAAAAAGUGCUUCUCGAAGCUCUAGGUUAAUGGGAGCUGCUGCUAAGAUUUUGGAACCCGGACUGCAGGCAAGUAGAGGUAAAGGCACUCUGACGUAUCAUGCUUCCGCUUGUCCUCUCAAGGGUGGCAUUGUAAAAGGUGGUGUAGGAAAUGCGAUAAUGCCAAAUCAUUCCUGUUACGUUUCCAGCGCAUCCAAAACUUCAGUGGGGCAGACUUCUUGCAAGAAUUGUGGCAAUUUGCUUGGUGUAAUUGACUGCAAGGCCGAGGUUAGGGGACCACCUGAUGUUCCUCCACCUACUGUUUCAGCUGUGAUCACUGCUACUUCGAUGUUAUCGUCGUGUAAGAAGGGAAUGCCGAUUACUCCCUUUCAUGGACAAGGAAGAGAUAUUGUACUUCUGAGAAGUCAGGAAAAAUUCGCAUCUCAUGUUACGGAUGGGGAGGAGGAAAAUUAUGCACAACAGUCAUGGAAUGAACCGACUACCAUAAGAAUUCCAAUGCCCCGCGAAGGUCCGGCUCAACGGAGUUCGAAUUCAUCAUGCCGACCAAUAAGGGCCCAAGAGGAUGAUGCAUCUUCUUUUGCCUACAAACGCAAAGCACAAGAAUCGAAAUUAAGCAGUGAAAGCUCUUCAUCUGGAUCUACAAUGUGUAGUAUGCAAGUAAAAAGAGUAUCAUCGUGUGCAAACACUACAAGUGGGACUAAAGACUUUGUUGCUUUGAAUAGAAGCAUCAGUGGUCAAACGAGGAUGAGGUCGCCUACUAAAGUUGACAGUUCCAAAUUUGACUUAGAGAAAAAACCUUGUAAUAGACAACGUCUUGAGUCUUUGUCUCAUGUAAGGACAUUAGAGAGGAAAAGGACACCAAAUGUCACACGACUCGAAGGCAUGACUGCUGCAAAUUCAGUUGGUCUGAAACAGAGAAAUGUUCGUCGUGAGGCAACCGGUGGAAAACGGAGCGACUUUAACUCUUCGUCGUUGAACAGUUCCAAUAUAAAAAAUAAAGGUCAAGGAGAACCAGUUAAGGCGAGCCACAAUAUGAGCAAUGAUGCAGCUUCAUUCACAUUUAGUUCCCCUUUGAAGCAAAAGACGGUAAUACAUGUUGAAGAUGAAGAGACAAACAGAAACAAUGAGAGGAAGGCAUACUUUCAAAGACCUGCACCAUUGAAAGUUGAUAAUUUAGGUGCCUUUCUUGAACAAAAGCUGAAGGAAUUAACCUCUCAAGAAAAUGAGUUGGCUACAACUGGUGUACCUCAAAAAUCAAGUGCCGUGAUUCUUCAAGAGCUGAUAUCUGCUCUAAGUUCGGAGAAUUUGAUCUGUCAUGAUGGCCACGUCCAUAAUGAAGAUGCUAGUUUCCUUUGUGGAGCAAAACGAGAAAGGUUGUUAGGAACCUCUUGCAAUGAUAAUCAUCUCAGUCCUGGAUCUGUUUUGGAAGCUUCAUUUUCUUCUAGUAGUCUAGAUGAUAGCUCAGGGCGUGGUUUUCACCCUGAUUCCAUGAAUUUCUCAUACAGUCUGCCGGAACCAUCAGAACAUGAUGAUGAACUUUUAGAUUCUGCUGCAUCCUUUAAUAAAGGAAGUAUAGGCAAAAUACUAGCUGUUAUCGGCAGCGAAAUUCCUAUGGCAUUACAAUGUUUAUAUUCUUUUGGAACACAAUGUACAAGAAGCAAACUCAACAAUAUGAAGGAUACUCUCUUGAAUGCUGAAUUAGUGCUUCGAAUUGCAAAUGACCACGUCGAGGAAGAAACACCGCAGCUUCUAAUUUAUCGGUUUCUUCUUAACGAAUUGGACGCUGUGUCAGAUGAUGCUAUGUGGACCGAUUUUAAUUGUUUUGUGGGUUGUGAGGAUUCCAAAUCAAGAAAGAUGAUCAACGGAUUUGUCUUUGAUUGUGUUAUGGAAUAUCUAGAAUCAAAUUGUUGGCAAUAUUUUUACACCGGAUUCAAGGCCUGGACGAAGCUGCCAUUAUGCGUAAAAGCUGAGACAUUGGCUCAAGAGGUCAAACGAGAGGUUAAUAAGUGGGUGUGUAUGGUUGGGAUGGUUCCGGACGAAAUAAUCGAAUGGGAGAUGAGUCAUUCCCUUGGGAAAUGGAAUGACUUUGACAUUGAAGCAUUUGAGGCUGGUGGUGAUAUUGAUGGAGACAUACUUCAUAGUUUGGUUGAUGAAGUUGUUCAAGAACUUGUUGGUUUCAAGAAUAAUUCUUAUUGCUUAUAAAACAAUUGUGUAUAAAUGGGAUUAUGGUAUCUCUAAUGGAGGCUUCUUUAGGCUCUUUGAUUUAGUGGACAAAUAAAGUCCCUGUGACAAUGCUGCUGUUUUGAUAUAUUAUUAUUAGAAUUGUUACUGUUAUAUAUGUUUUUA